UUAACAAAUGUGGAGAACUAUCACACAAGUAACACUCAUUACAUGGAUUGUUGGAGAAAAAGAUCGAGUCAUGCACCUGUGCAAAAUGCUCAAAUAUUUUGGCUUGAGAAAAGAGAAACAAUCCCUAAUUUUCCAAAGCUAAUUUCCCUCCUUAUUUCUCAAGAACACAGGGUAAAAGUACCUGAGCAGCAACAUCUACUCAUUACAUCAGUGUAGAACCAGGAUGAAGAUUUCAUGUCAUGCUUCUUCUUCCUUCUCCCAUGGCGGUUAUGGUAACACCUUCCAAUUUCUCUCUCCUUUUAUUUCGUUCUUCAAUACUCUUGAUUUCCCCUGUUUUCCCCUCUUUCAAUUUCAUAAUUCCCUAAAUUACUCCAAUUUCUCCUAUAAAAACGAUGACCGUGGUUUGUUUCUUCAAUCAGUUAGAGAACAAUGCAAAUUAGGGUUUUCCGAUCUCAAUCUCCCCCUUUCUCUAUUUGAUCAAAUGACAUCUUUACGUCCUCUUCCUACUGUAAUCGAUUUCAAUCAGCUAUUCGCCGCCAUUGUUAAAUUGAAACCCCUAAAGCCUCAUUCCACUGUUAUUUCUCUAUCCAGGCAGCUUGAAUUGUCUGGUAUUCGACCCAAUAUGAUUUCAAUUGGUAUUCUUGCUAAUUGUUAUUGUCAUUUGGGGCGCAUAGAUUUCGGGUUCUCUCUUCUCGGUAAAAGACUUAAGCUUGGUUAUCCCCCUGAUGAUUACAUCUUUAAUACCUUAAUCAAUGGAUAUAUCCACUGUAAUAAGCACCCACAAGCUGUUCAUUUGUUGGAUAAAAUUGUUAAGCUAGGUUUCGAACCCGACAUUGUUACCUAUGGUGCUAUGAUGAAAGGGCUUUGUAGGAUAGGCGACAAUGCCGGUGCUCUUAAUUUGUUUAGGAAAAUGCAAUCUGGUCUUUGUAAGCCUAACCUUGUUAUAUACAAUACGGUUAUAGAUAGUCUUUGUAAGGAUAGGUUAUUACAAGAGGCCCUGGAAUUGUUUUCUGCUAUGAAAACUGAGGGCAUUGACCCUGAUGUUGUCACUUACAACUCGUUGGUUCGAGGCCUUUACAACUCUGGCCAUCGGGAAGAUGCAAAGGUUGUGUUGACCGAGAUGUUGGAGAGUGACAUUGCCCCAACUGUUGAGACCUACGGCAUGCUUAUUGACAUGAUCAGUAAAGAUGGGGGUGUUGAUGAAGCGCAUGCUAUUCUACAUGUCAUGAUUAAGAGAGGUUUUGUUCCCAACAUCAUUACUUACAAUGCUUUGCUCGAUGGUUAUUGUUUGCGUGGUCAGAUGGAAGAUGCGGAAAAGCUACUUGAUCUCAUGGCUGAAAAUGGUUGUGAGCCUAAUCUUGUGAGUUUCAAUACUAUGAUUAAUGGAUAUUGCAAGGCUAAAGAAGUUGAUACGGCUUUGAAUCUAUUCCAAGGAAUGUCGCAGAAAGGGAUAACGCCUAAUGUUGUUACCUAUAACACUCUUAUUGAUGGUCUCUGUAAAAUCAGUAGACUUCCAUCUGCACGCCAGUUGUUCAAGGAAAUGCAAGCUCAAGGAGUUACUCCAAAUGUUAUCACCUAUGCUUCAUUGCUUGAUGGCCUAUGCAAAAGUGCGCGGUUUGAUGAGGCAGUGACAUUGCUCAAAGAUAUGGAGGAUAAAGGUGUUAAGGAGGAUAUUGUCAUCUAUAAUAUCCUAAUAGACAGCUUGUGUGAGACUGGGCGACUUGAAGAUGCAGCAAAUUUCUUUUCCAAUCUUGUAUUAAAGGGUUUGCAACCUGAUGGUAAAACAUACACUACGAUGAUUAAAGGCUUCUGCAAGGAAGGGCUCAUGAGUGAAGUUAUUCAGUUACUCACUAAAAUGGAGGAAAAGGGAUGUUUUCCCAAUAGCGUAACCUACAAUACUGUUAUUAGAGGAUUUAUUCAACACAAUGACUUACCAAAAGCCUUAUACUAUCGAGAUGUUAUGGUUAGCAAGGGAUUUGAAGCUGAUGUUGAUACAUUAGAAUUGUUUGUUGGCCUUUUGUCCCGUGAUAACAAGGAGUUGCUACAAAAGUUCAUCAAUUGAAAUGAAUUUUAAGAAGGUUUCAAUAUUUGCAACCAUGGGAAGAAUUGUGCCACAGGUAUUUUUGUAGCUUUUAUAUAGUUUAGCUAUAUUUUUGUAUCACUUGUUAAAAAAUUAUACAUAGCAUCUUUUUUAUGUCAAUAAUCUUUGUACCAACUGCAUAGUUAUCUUCUAUGGCUUUGCUGCCGAUUAACCUCUUUAAUUUGGAAUUCUAUUUUCUUCUGCACUAUAAA